AUGGACCAUCUUAUCAGCACGGCGGCGCCCGAGCUGCAGCGGGCCGCCAACCGGGGCGGCGGCGUCGGCAGCGCCGCGCUCCCGCGCGGCGCUGACGCCACCGUCGCAGCCGUGGAGCGGCGUAUUGAGUUUGUGACCCGCAUGCCGCUGGCCGGGCAGGAGUCCUUCCAAAUCACGCAAUCAAGUGCGGGGCUGGACAGCGGCGACCACUUUGACUACUUGUGA